CAAAAGCACCAGGUAUUCUGAGAGCUUUGAUUCACGUUAACUUUGUUUACAUUAAAUUAAAAAUGAAUUUUGGUGUAAAAAUUAUUAUAUUUAUUACUUUUUAUAAUUUUGCGCGACUGGAAACGUAUAUCUGUGCAGAACCCGUUGACAGCGACCUCUCUCUCGCAUAUUUAUUAAAAAACGUUACCACCGAUGAUGAGACAAAGGGAAAUGUUUUUCUCAUAACCGGCGGCUAUCGUCCCACGAAUGAUUCGUUAAUAAAACAUCUAGUUUCCAUACGAGAAGCGAAAAUCGAUAUGUUUUUCGGUGACAAUCACUUUUGUGGUGGUGCCAUAAUAUCGCCAAAAAUCAUUCUAACUGCAGCGCACUGUGUCUGUAAGUCAAAGAGUCGAUCUCGAAUGAAGCCGUCAGAAUUUGAGGUUGUUGCUGGUACACCGAGACGUUGUGAGCGGACCAAAACUACACAAAUAUUGAAAGUUGACCGCGUUAUUAGACAUGAUUAUUAUAAACCUCAAGCUUUACGAAAUGAUAUUGGGAUUUUGGUGUUGGCGAAACCCAUUCAUGAAGAUGGCAUUUCAACUCAGAGAAUACCUCUUCGAACCACCAUAUUACCAGCCAAUACACUUUGCACUGUUGUUGGUUGGGGCCGUGUUUUCUUCAUGGGACCAAUGCCCGACAGAGCACUUUACGUUGAUAUAUAUCUAUUGGAGGAGUCUUAUUGUAAGUCUCGUAAUGAAAAAUAUGCCUUUGGCAUGUUAUGUGCUGGUGAUGUUAAUGAUUAUGAAAAAGAUUCCUGUACCGGUGAUUCUGGUGGUCCUUUGAUAUGCAAUGGAAGUCUAGCGGGCAUUGUUUCGUUUGGUGUAGGUUGUGGUUUCCCCAAUAAUCCAGGUUAUUAUACUAAUGUGAGCGCAUAUAUUGAUUGGAUUCGUAAGAAUGGAUUUAGUAAAUUACAAAUUGAAAAUUAUCUAUUAACAUUUUUAUUAUUAAUUAUUAUUAGAAUAAAUAAUUUGUAUGUUCAAACACAUUAAAGAUAUGUAAGUAAGUCUCUUAUAGUUG